AUGACGGAAAUAUACCUUCGUUUUCCCAUAGCACCUCAAAAGUCCUCCAUCGCAAACCCUCUCUUAUUCCCAAAGUCACCCACAAGCUGCUGCAAUCGAUACUAUGGCUCAUUCAAACUUGAUACCGAGUCUGCGUCUGAAGGUGCCUCUGACAACCGCCAGCUGGGAGCAGGAGAUUUGUCCGAUAGCCACCCAUUAGUAGCAGGAAAUAUCUCCGACAACCUUACGUUGGAAGCGGGAGAUUCCCUCCUACACAGAAGAUGCGUGCGAGAUCCAAAUGAUCUCGAGAAGAACGGUUUUGAUCCUGUAUGGACUUCCUGGGGUGGGUUCCCAGGAGAUAUCCCGGGAGACAUACAAGAAUGGCUGGACCCGGACGGAACGCGAUCCUGUAUCCAAGUCAUCGGACACUUGUCGAGCCUUGCAUGGCUUGGGGGCCUGGACGAACUUGCAAGGGCCAUGCAAUACUCCGUAUACCGAUUCGCAGAUGAGGUAGCUGUGGUUCCGAUUGGAACCUCCGUAUUGUUCCCUUUGGAGCAGUACAUCACAGCUGGACUCCUCCCACCGCUUGAUGAUGGCCUACCAGUGCCACCAUGUCGACAGAAGGGGGCAUCCGUCCCCAAUUCGGUUACCUCAGAGCCAAAAAUUAUCAACUUUAAGGACCUCUAUGCCACCGCCCGCGGGCAACAUCUCCCAGAAGUCGUGCGCACAGUAAAGUUAGAAGCAAGUGUUACAGCACUACUCGGAUCGCAAAGCAGGGACCUAUGGUUUCGAGGCUUAAGCCUCGAGGCCCUCGAAUCCACACUUACGUUCUUUGUUCCACAGGUGAAUUCCAUUAAUAGGUUCAAUGAGUUCGGCCCUGUGUUCUAUUCCUCAAAUCGACUAGCAUGUGCGUUGAAUUAUGUCCAGCGUUCUGGUGCAAUCAUGGUAUUUAAGGACACAAGCUUCCAACAAUCUACUAUCUGGGAGCUAAGCCUUGUGGAGUGGACCGCCUGGAUCUCUCACUGGCUAGGCCUGAAUCUCCAAGAAGCCAGAAAAGAUGUCCCGCCGCAGUAUCGGCUAGCUGACUUUGUCAAGGGGCCUGUAAGCGAGACUCACCCGAAUGGGUACGAAGCACACCCUCCAACACAGUCAGAUACGACGCAGCUUGUUGCUGUGAGCUACGAUGGUUUGGGAACCAUGUCUCGCUCGCUUUAUAUGAUAGUUUAUGUUCAAGGUGCUUGA